AUGGCACCUCAGUUUUCCCAUCAGCUCAUCGGAGCAUUUCUUAUGCUCCUUGUAUUACAACCUUCUGCGGUUGAGUCCAGACCCGUGACACUCGACCUUAGAAGAAGUUCUGGUAGCCAAAACGACAUCGGCCGACCAACCACCGACGGAUUGUUUCAUUUGGAAGUUAACAACACCCUUUCCAGUGGGAGGUGGUACGACUUUCCGGUGACCUACGGAUUCCAAUCCACUUCUUCCCUGCCGGCAGGUUUGGAUCCUCAAGCGGUGGUCGACGCCAUCGACGCAGCAUUCCAACAGUGGCAAACUGCUGUCCCUGAGUUUGAGUUCCAAAGGGUAUACCCAGGCGAAAACGCUAAUAUCAAAAUUGAGUUCGCUCCACUAAGCCCCGAGUAUUAUGGUUUUGGCUAUUAUCCACCCGAUGGGAGGCUUUACCUUGACGUUGAUCAUACAAAAUGGAGCAUUGAUUCUAAUCCUGCAUGGGACGAACUGGACCUGCAAUCCGGAGCCAUGCAUGAAAUAGGGCACACGCUCGGCCUUGAGCAUAGUGAAGACCCGAGUGCGGUCAUGUACCCUACGCUUUAUUAUGGAAGUCUCAAAAGGGACCUUAGCGACGACGAUAUUUAUCAGAUACAGACUAUAUAUUAUUCCCGGUCAUACCUCGAUGUAGUGAAACCUAAAUAG